UUUCCCUUUGUUUCGAACACGCCCUCCCACCUCUCCCACCUCUCCGCGUCGCGCGCCUCUGUUUCUCCGUCUCUGAUUUUCCGAUCCCUCGGCCGUACCGGUGCCUUCGCCGGAGAAAUCGGCGCCGGCGGCCUCCGUGAAGCCCGCGGAAGGUAACGGUUUUUCCUCCGGCGGGACCUUGGGAGCUCCCGUCUCGCCGUUGGGAGCUUGGUGCUUAGACCUAGGAGCUGUUCCAAAUGUUAUCGGCGGCGAAUGAGGACGGUUUAGGUGGGAAAUCGGGUGGGCCGGAGGAGAAUCGAGGGGAAGGUGGGGUUUCGGAGGAUGCCCGUGGAGUGCCUCGGGAAGGGAAGGGCGUGGGUUUGGGGGUUGCAGGUGAUGGUGCGGUCGAUUCGAUGGGCGUCGAUUCGGUAGGUUUAGGAGGCGAAAUUAGGGCUUCGGGUAGUGGCGUAGAUUCAGGAAAUGGGAGAUCUGAAGAGGAUAGAGUUAGGGUUUGCUCGUCGGCAGGUGGGGGGAGUCCUGGUGGGGAAGAUGAGGAAAUGGUACCUGGAGGUUUCGAUUUUAAAAGCGAGAAGUCCGGUGAGUAUUGGCCCCACGAUGUGAAAGGUGGGAUGAAAGUGGAAAAUGACCCAUCUGAUGCCUACGAUCGCGAAAUUGGUUUGCAAGGUCGCCUUGCGGUUGACGGGGAUGGGUUGGAGUCGAGAAACUCUAGUGGCUUGGCUGAGAGGAAACCUUUCGACCGGCAGUAUGAUUCUUUGUUGUCUGAGUUUGAUGAAUAUGUAGCGAAUGAGAAAAAUAGCUCCAAUGAAAGUGGCAUGUCGAGGGCUUUGAGUUACGGAUUUGAAGUGGGGGAUAUGGUGUGGGGCAAAGUAAAAUCACAUCCCUGGUGGCCGGGACAAAUCUUCAAUGAAGUCUUUGCAUCUUCUUCGGUGCGUCGCUCGAGGAGGGAUGGUUAUGUGCUGGUGGCUUUCUUCGGUGAUAGUAGUUAUGGGUGGUUUGACCCAGCAGAGCUUAUACCUUUUGAGGAGAAUUUCAUUGAAAAAUCGAGCCAGACGGUUUCGAGGAACUUUAGUAAGGCAGUUGAGGAGGCCAUGGAUGAAGCAAGUAGAAGAAGUGGUCUUGGUUUGGCUUGCAGGUGUAGAAAUGCUUUUAGUUUUCGACCGACACAUGUUCAGGGGUACUUUGCAGUCGAUGUGCCUGAUUAUGAGCAAGGAGGGCUGUAUUCGACUACUCAGAUAAGCAAAGCACGAGACAGUUUCCAGCCUCGGGAAACUCUUGCAUUUAUAGAGCAGCUUGCAUUAAUGCCGCAAAGCCGUGAUGAGCAGAGCCUCGAGUUUGUCAAGAAUAAGGCUAUCGUUUUUGCUUAUCGCAAGGCAGUAUUUGAGGAGUAUGAUGAGACCUAUGCACAGGCAUUCGGGGUGCAGGCUGUGCGCCCUUCUCACAGUCCAGUUGAUGCAACAGCUCAGCCGGUGAAAGAGCCGCCUCGAGCUCCUUUGAGUGGUCCACUGGUGUUUGCCGAGGCUCUUGGCAGCAAAAGGACCUCCACUAAACCCAUGAAAGUGAAGGAUACCUCCAAAAAGGACAAAUAUCUUUUCAAGCGUCGUGAAGAUUCUGGCACACAACUAACUAGCCCAGUACAGGCCAAUUCUUUGGUUCCUGCCGCUUACAUUGACGGUUCAUCUGUAGUUGCAGCAGGUUAUAUCUUGCAGAAGAGAGCUCCAUCUAUUCCUGUCAACUCUCAGAUUUCUGGGAAACUUGAGCAGACCCAAGUAACUGCAGAUGCAAUUUCAAAUCAAGGUGGUACUGGGAUUUCAGACCUGCAUCAAAUUCCAGAAAGUAGCUCUGCAAUAAAUAUUUCGAGUCCUUCUGGUUUAGGUGGCUCCAAUGUAAUGGGAAAAGGGGAUGAUGCAAAAAUCACCAAUUCCCAAGAUGGUUUUCUGCAAAGAGGCCAGGAAUUUCAUACAGUACAGGAUAGUGGUUAUGUUUCUCCUUUAUCAGCUGAUGUUGUUAGUGCUGAUGGAGCCAUGAGGAAGAAGAAGAAGAAAGUUCUUAAAUAUCAUGCAGGAGAGCCAAGCUCGCAGAAUGCUGUUACGAGAGAGAAGAAAAAGAAGAAAAGGAAAGAAUUUGGUACUGAGACAGGUUCUGAUCAUCCCCAAAAGCGGCUGGUAGCUAGCAAAGUCGGAGUAUCAGUGGCAAAAGUUGCUGGUAAACUUUCUCAAGUUGAUUCAGCGUCAAGAGAAGAAUCUUAUGCGGACAAACAGCAGAAAAGUGAAGCAAGCUGGAUGCAUCCCGAUAAUGUUGGGACGGUGCCUACUUGGUCUGGAAAUGCUGAGCUCGAUUUGCGACAACUCUUGAAUGGCUUGCAAGCCCUUGCUCUUGAUCCUUUCUAUGGAAUUGAAAGGAGCAAUCCUGCAGUUACAAAGCAUGCAUUUCUUCGAUUUCGAUCCCUUGUGUAUCAGAAGAGCUUGGUUCUGGCUCCACCAUCUGAGACUGAUACCGAUGAAAAACGCCCUGCUAAAUCUCUUGCUGGUGUUGGAGCUCCCGAUCAACCUACUGGUGAAAGCGUAAGAAAGUUAUCAUCUUCAAAAUCAACAAAACCACCUGGAAGAUUUGAUGACCCAACAAAGAGUGGCCGCAAACGUCCUCCAUCCGACCGUCAAGAAGAAAUUGAAGCAAAGAGGUUGAGGAAAAUCAACAAUAUCAAAUCAUUGGCCUCUGAAAAGAGGGCAAUUCAGAAGACCCAAGAUGCGCCACGGGGAGAGGGAAGGGAAACUGUAUCUGCAACCCCAAAACAAGCAAAACCAUUUCCUGUCAAGAAAGUGGAGUCUCAUCCGGCAAGAGCCUCGGACCCCACCAUAUUAGUCAUGAAAUUUCCUCCUGGAACGUCACUACCCUCUGUCACUGAGCUCAAGGCAAGGUUUGCUCGAUUUGGGCCAUUAGAUUACUCGGGUAUCCGUGUCUUCUGGAAGUCAUCGACAUGCCGGGUUGUCUUCCACCGCAAACUUGACGCGGAGGCAGCUUACAAGUAUGCUGCUGGAAACAACAACUUGUUUGGCAAUGCUGGCGUGAGAUAUUCUCUUCGGGAUGCAGAAGUUCCUGCAUCCGAGGCUUCGGAGUCUGGAAAAAGCAGAGUCAAUGAUGUACAUGAUACUCCACGCCUCAAGGAUCCUUCGACUGAAAGACCAGGACCUGCAUCCUCGGUGCAGCUCAAAUCAUGCUUGAAGAAAUCGUCUGGAGAUGAUGCCGGUGUAGGGCCCACCACAGGUAAUGGAGGUCGGGCAGCAGCCCGUGUAAAAUUUAUGUUGGGUGGGGAAGAAACUACUAGUAAGCAAGAGCAAAAGAUGAUGGUUGAUAAUGCGAACAACUUCAACGACAAGAACAACAAUGCUAGUUUUGCAGAUGGUGGUGCAUCAUCUUCUUCUUCCUCUCUUGCAAUGGUUUAUAAUAGUAAGAACUUUCAAAGAGCUGUCCCUUCCUCUCCUCUUCCGCCUCUUCUACCCCUUCCUCCACUUGCAAAGCCACAACUGCUAAACAACAAUGCACCAUUGCCCACUGAAAUAGCACCCUCUUCAAGAAGUGCACCCAAUUUUAACAUCACCGUGGACAUCUCGCACCAGAUGAUAAGCCUCUUGACUCGGUGCAAUGAUGUAGUGAACAACUUGUCGGGCUUGCUAGGUUAUGUCCCCUACCAUCCUCUUUGAUGAUAAAUAAGUGAGGCCCCACCCAAAAGAGCGAUUAAUCUUUUAUGGACCAUGAAGAUGGAACUUCAACAGUCGCAUGGAGGACGAGUCACCAAUCAAAAAGCCCAAAUCGCACUGGACUUCUGGCAGGGAUUGGAUUUUUCCUUCGGGCUGAGGAGAGCCAACAGAAAGGGGCCUCAAACUGAAGCGGUUGGACUAGUGACAAAACAAAAUAUGAAGCGGUUGGACUAGUGACAAGACCAAAUCAUGUUUGUCAUGUGUAAUCGAUGGUGCAAUCUUAUUGCUCUUUUUAGCUUUGACAGGUUUUAUUUUAAUUAUUCGUAGGAAACAUUGUCUUUUUUUUUUUCUGCUUUAGCUUUUUUAUUAUGCUUGACAGACACGGAAACUUUUCGUAAGGGCAAUGUGACUUGGAUAGAGUAGUAAGAGGAUUA